AUGAAAGGCUUUAACAAAAAAACUCUUCGAAUCUCUCGAGGGUAUUUGUACACGUACUACACGAUCGAUGGAGAUAAAUCGUUGCCUACCCUCUUCUUUCAGCACGGCUGGCCAGACAAUGCGGAGUUGUGGAAAGAUGUUGCAUAUCCACUUCGUGUCACAAAACACCCUAUAAUUGUUCCUGACCUUCUUGGAUAUGAUGGUACUGACAAACCUACGGACCCAAGAGAGUAUGCAUGGAAUAAAUUACUCCCUGACCUAAUCGAGAUUGCGGACAAGGAAGAUGCGCAUAAAUUGAUCUCAAUUGGCCACGAUUUUGGUUCAGUCUGCGCCUCCCAUCUAUAUUGUUACUACCGAGAUCGAGUGGUCGGCUUAGUCAAUAUCAACGUCCCGUACGACCCCCCCAGUCGCGAGCCAUUCGACCUUGACGCUUUUAAUGCGUUUACCCAGCGCAAAUUUGGCUACACAUUCUUUGGAUACUGGUAUCUAUUCACUGCAGAUGAUGGCCCCCAGGUUCUUCAGAAGGAUCCUGGCCGCUUAUACGAGGUGCUUCACGGACAAGGCGAAGACAAUCUGAAGAAAUUCUUCGGCGUAAGAGAUUUUCUUCGUAACCAUCUCCUCAAUGGUGGCCUACAUGUUCCAGUUCGCCCGUACGCCCAGGAUGAGACAGCAAAGCAGGCAUUCAUCGAUCGAUUUAACCGUGACGGCUUCGAUGGUCCACAAUGCUGGUAUAAGGCUAGAUUUCUUAACAUUCAAUACGAAUGUGACAAAGAUCUUCCUUUAGAUAGAGAUACGGUCAAUGUCCCAGCAUUGUUUCUUGGUGGAAAAGAUGACUCAAUUUGUCGACCUGAGAGUAUGAUCCCCCAUAUUCAAGCAGGGCUACUGCCGAAGCUUGAACAGAGGGAUCUUUUCGAUGCAGGUCAUUGGAUGCCACUAGAAAUUCCCAAUGAGCUGGUUCGGAGUAUUGAGCAGUGGUUGAAGAAGAACUAUACCUAG